UGCAUUACAAGCAUCUUCAUGCAGACCAACGAGUCAUCCUCAUAACAUUUUCAUUAAUCAGAUUUUUUGAUAGUUUAAUGGUAUUUUCAUAAAGCGGUACAUUUAAAUUCCUUCCCCGGACGUCUCCUCAUACUCUCCUCCAUGUGUUUGUCUGUGAACUGAUGGUGUCAGGCUGUGGAGAAAUGAAGUGCAGGUGCAACACGUUCACAUACGUGGGAUCGUUUAUAAGUGGGACUCAUAAACGAUGUUGGGUUGGGUGUUUCUCUUCUUCCUGUUGACAAUAUUCUAGGGAUUCUCUAUGGGAGUCAGACACUGGCUUGAUACAGAGAUAAGGUGGAUGUGUGUGGUCGUGUGAGAAUCAUAUGAAGCGGCUUAAGGUCAAGACUUUUUUUCCCCCUCUGAGAAAUAACAAGAUUCCUGCCGUCAUCAACAACAUGGGAAAAGACAGGGGAAAUAUUUUUGAGGGGCCCAGAAGUGAGGGGACAAUGCGAGUCCACGUGCACACCAAGUUCUGUUUCCUGUGUGUGCUCACCUUCCUCUUCCAUCAGUGCAACCACUGCCACGGAGAAGGCCACAGCCAUCAGCACAGUGAACAUCCCCAAGACGGCCAUGACCACGUCCACAGCGACCUGCAGAUUUCUGAGGCUCCAUACACGAGCGGAUCCACUGUGUCACCAGAGUCCAAGAGUCCCAGAGGGGACACUCUAGAGGAAGAGCAGCGCUUCUACAUCCAGCAGCUGUUCAGCCGCUACGGCCAGAAGGACCGGCUAGAUUUCAAGGGAUUUCAGAAUCUGCUCUUUAGCCUGGGUUUGGGUGAAGUGAAGGUGGUAGGUGCAGAUCACGAGGAACUGGGUCAUGACCAUGUAGCCCACCUUGACUUGGUGGAUAUACAAGAGGGGCUUCACACGCAUUCACCCAAGGAAGACCAUGGUCAUGGUCACGGGCAUGGUCAUCAACACCACAAGCCUGGCCCAGACCGUCUGCACAAGGCAGAGGCUACCACAGGGUGCAGCCAGCACACCACUGCUGCCAGUCCAGCUGCUGGUGCACCUACAGGGCAUGACCAUAAACAUGAGCAUGGCCACAAUCAUAGACAUGAUGCAGAACAUAAUCAUAAUCACAGCAAGGUAAAGGAUAGUGACCAUAAACAUUCUGAUGGACAUGUGCAGGACACACAUGAUCAUGAUCAUGAAAACAACCAUGAUCAGGUGGCACAUGACAAACAUGAGCAGGUACAGGUGCAGUCGAACCCCAAGGACAUAACUUCUCAACCUCAUAGUGAACAUGACCAUGGUACACAUGAACAUAACCACGGUGAUCAUGACCACGGUGAUCAUGACCACAGUACACAUGACCAUGGUACACAUGAACAUGACCACGGUACACAUGAACAUGACCACAGUGAUAGUGCCCAUCCAGCACAGACUGUCACUGACAGUUCUCUCAUCGACCAGGAGCAGUUACCCACUGUCCCCUCAGAGCCGUCCCCAAUCCCUCAGGAGACCUCUCCUGCCCCAAUAGGAAGCAAGACCAAGAAGCCCAGGAAUCCAGCGCGGGUCAGAGGACAGCGUGGGCGAAACAAAACCUCUUCUUCCAAAUCUCCAUCUGACGACCAUGACCACAAACAUGGACACGGACACAGUCAUUCUCAUAAACAUAGGAGAGAAGCCCCAGGAGGGCACGUCACCACCACUCUGCCAGCCCCCGUCCUGCCUGGGCAUUCAGCUGGAUUUUUACAUCAGCAUGAGGAGUGUUUGAACCUGACGGAGCUCCUCACCUACUAUGGCCUGAAUCCCGAAUCACUAAUCUCCCCCAGCCAGUUCACCUACCUGUGUCCUGCCCUGCUCUACCAGAUUGAUAGCCGCGUUUGUAUCCGCCAUUACCACCAUAUGGAUGUCGAGCAGGAAGCCUUGGAGAACGUCAGUACUGUGAUGGUCUGGGUCUGGGGCUUUGUGUCCAUCACCAUCAUCAGCCUGCUGUCUCUGCUGGGCGUGGUGCUCGUGCCCAUCAUCAACCAAGGCUGCUUCAAGUUCCUGCUCACCUUCCUGGUGGCGCUCGCAGUGGGAACGCUCAGUGGCGACGCCCUGCUUCACCUGCUCCCCCAUUCUCAAGGACAACACAACCACAGCGAGCCCCGGACGAGUGACAAGACGGACAUGCUCACAGAAUUCGAUGGAGUGUGGAAGGGGCUGACAGCGCUGGCCGGCAUCUACCUCCUCUUCAUCAUCGAACACUGCCUCGGCAUGUUCAAGGUCUACAAAGACCAACGGAGCUUGAAGAAGUCAAGCGAGGAGGGAAAGAUUGGCAGGAAGCUGUCAGACCACAAGCUGAACCGGCGCUCGGAUGCAGAGUGGCUGCACCUGAAGCCGCUCAGCGAAGACCCGGACAGCACGGCCAUGUCCUGUGACAACGGAUACAACGACACACAGCUCACAGAGUUCCAACCCCCCGACUCCCCCACUAACAAGACGCCGCUGGCCCCCGCACUCCCCCAACAGGACGAGCCGUCCCCCGCCAAAGAGGACGCACCUAAGACCAAGCAGCACAGUCACAGACACGGCCACGGCCACUCUCAUGGGGGGAACUGCCACUCGGACCAGGAGAUGAAGGACGCUGGGAUAGCCAGCAUCGCCUGGAUGGUCAUAAUGGGCGAUGGCAUGCAUAACUUCAGUGACGGCCUGGCAAUAGGUGCAGCGUUCAGUGCAAACCUGACCGGAGGCAUCAGCACUUCAGUGGCUGUUUUCUGUCAUGAAUUACCUCAUGAACUUGGUGACUUUGCCGUGCUGCUGAAAGCCGGGAUGUCGGUGAAGCAGGCCAUCUUCUACAAUCUGCUGUCCGCCCUCAUGGCCUACUUCGGCAUGAUGAUCGGCACCGUGGUGGGCCAGUACACACACAAUGUCACCAACUGGAUCUUCGCCAUCACAGCCGGCAUGUUCCUUUACGUGGCUCUGGUGGAUAUGCUGCCAGAAAUGCUCCACGGGGACAGUGAGGAACACAAGCGCUGCCAGAUGGGACACUUUGUGCUGCAGAACCUGGGCAUGCUGACCGGGUUCGGCAUCAUGCUGCUCAUCGCCAUCUUCGAAGACCAAAUCGUUUUUGAUUUUGGUUUCUUGUAGAGUAGAGUAGAGUAGAGGGGGAGGGGAGGGGGGGGGCUGGAUGUUUCACCGUUGCCCCUCUUGGCCUUCACGUGCUUUGUCUGCAUCGUAGCUGCCGAGUCUUGCAUGCAGCUUGAGUCUCGUUCAUGGACCGUGCUUCCAUCCCAGCGGUAGUUCACGCACAUCUCAUGACUCUGCUUAGUGAUGUUUACAUUCUGCUCCACCGUCACUGUCAGCUCCAAUCUGUCUGCUCCCCGUGCAGCACAAGAAAAACAAGGACCAGAUGAAAGAAGAGCGAAGCUGCACUCCGACCAGGAAACUCAAUCUUUAACAGUAAAUCUGAUCCAGGUGGUGCAGGUCCCGAGCCCCCCCGGGCCGGCAGCUCGCCGCCGCUCCAUCAUCACCUGCUGCUUGUUGUCGUCGUAGUCGUCUCUUUGCAUCCUGUGCUGUGUCCCCUGUCCUCAUACAUCUGUGGUGUGUGUCCCUCUCAUCACUACCAACUGUUGAUGGCAUCACGCCACGUGCCAAGCCCCGGCCACUGGAGCAGCUCAGCUUCACGUGCCACAACAUCGUGAACAAACCCUUCAGCUCGGUGUUUCCUUUAAGCUGCAGCAGCAACAUCGAGAAGUGUUCGUCUGAAUGACCCGACAGGCUCAGUGUUACUUUCUCUCCUCCAACUGUCUCUGUUUUCUUUUGAAUAAUGUUUAAUUGUCGAAUUAGAUAUUUUGGGAAUUAAUAAACCUUUUUGUUGUACAGUUGAACUAACAGCUGCCAAAGCUUUUUAUAAAUUAGUCUUUACAGAUAUCAUUGCUUUAGUUUUAACAAUCCGUAGCCAGAGGAGACAUAUCAUUGUUAGAACUUUAUACUUUAUCUUUUUCUACAAGAAUCAGCUGAUUCAGAAUGUGAAUCCUCGUUCUGUUCAUCGGAUAGAGUCGUCGUUUACUUGAUUUACUUGAGGCGACUUGUUCUGUCCGAGGCGACCGACACUUAUCCACCGCGGGAGGUGAAGUUGAUGACGUACUGUAAUCACACCGGGUCUUUUAUCAUAUCAGUGGCUGAGCAGCUAAAAGCAAAAGUAACGUUCCGGCUAAAAGCUUUGAAAGUUUCCCUCAGUGUCGUGACAAUCGGAGACGGAGCGGGAAAGAGAAGAGCCGCCAGUCACAGCAGAAAAGAUGAUUAUUAUUAUUAUUAUUAUUAUUAUUAUUAUUAUUAUUAUUUGUAUGAUCAGUCCUCGUUAAUACAUUAAAGUGCCAAACUGGACCACGUGUGGGAUUUCAGUGGCCUGUGCUUGACACUGCCCCCCCCUCCUUUCCAUGCUUCCCCAUUUCACAUUCCAUUGGUUGCUCUAGUGGCUCACAUGCUAAGCUAGCUAGCCAGCCUAGCUCCAGCUUUUUGCCGGAGCACACAGAGAACGUGUGUGCGUCUUUACAUUUACACUGUCACUGUGUGACAUCCAUCACCUGCUUCUUUAACUGGCUGUCGAUCAUCGUCGGUCACGUUGUCAUCGCUCCGACGGAAUUGAAAUUGAAUCCGAGUCAAACGGUACAGACAACUUUUUAUUUUUCAUUCUUUGUCCUGCAAAGUUGUAAACACGCUUUGUGUUACUUUUUUUAACUGAAAGUGAGUGUGUGAAGAUCACAAAGUGAGGUCUGGGGUGAAGUGGAGCGAGUGUUGGGAGCCAUUUUGUUUUCGCUUAAAGCUAUAAGGUGAAGAUAAAGCCUGUGUCGUCAUCAUCCUCUGAAUCUUCUGCGUCUUUUACUGUUUCAUCUUCAUAUUUAAGUUUAGUGCUUUUUUUAAACAGGACCUGAAUGUAAUUUGAAACCAGUUCAUGAUUUGCUCUGUUCACAUCAGUCAUUUCCUAACGUGAAUCCAAACUGUCCUGUCAUGUGACCCAUCAGCCUCGAUGCCCCAAAUAUGAAGUGUCUUCACUGUUUAUUGGACUAGAACUUGUCCAUUAAAUUAAAGUCUCAGCUGGUUUAUUUCUUUUUUGCUCUGUUGCUUGUAUUUUGUUUAGUAUUGUGGAUAUAAGAUGUAAAAUGUGAUGCCCGUGCCUGUCUAUACAUUCGCCCCAUCACAGAAAGAAAUUAAACUCUGAAAAGAU